AUGAAAGGGAUGGACAAGCCGCAGAAGCAGAGUGAUUUGCAGCAGCCCAUCCACCUGGUGGAGUUAUUUGGGGGGAUAGGGGCUGGGCUGUCAGCAGUGGUGAGGAAUGGGAUAGCAAUGAAGAGAUGGACAUAUGUGGAGAAGGAACCCGGGGUGAGGAGGAUGGCGGAGCACCAUGCCAGGAAGCUGCAAGCGGAAUUCCCGGACCUGCUGACUGAGGAGGUGAUCAGCAAGGCGACGGGGGGGACGAUUCACGAUGUGAAAGACAUAGGCAGGGGCAAGGGAGGAGAAGACCAUAGGGCGGGGCUGCUGGAGGAUCUGUUCCGAAUCAUGAAGUGGCUGCAGGAGAGGCAGGGCAGGGUGGCAUACUUGCUAGAGAACCUGGACCUGGAGGGGGAUAGCAGAGAGCCAAUCCGACUGGUGAGGGACAGGAUCAGGGGACAACUGGGAGAAGGGGUGAGCUGUGAUGCGGCCGGAAUGGGGUCCUACGCGCACCGGCUCAGAAUAUACUGGCAGAAUGUGGUCCCUGCCGAGCAACUGCAGGCAGAGAUGGAGGGGGUAAGGCGAGCAGCAGAAGGGAAGGUGAAGGAUAUCCUCGAACCAGGGCGGACCCCAGCACCAGUGUAUCGCAAGAGCUACAGCAGGCACGAGCAGUGUAACCAAGUGGGGCAGGAAAGGAGGGCUCUGCCCACGCUGGUGGCGUAUGUCGGGGCAGCAGGGUACAAGUGGGAAGCAGGGAAGACGGGGCCAGGAAUGGUGUAUGACCACAAGAAGGGGAGAUGGGAGGAGCCCACGGCACUGGAGCGGGAGCUGGCUAUGGGAUACGGAGAAGACGCAACAGCAGCGCCUGGGGCAAGUGAAGCGGACAGGAGGAGGGCUCUGGGGAAUACAAUGGAUGGCCACGUGAUGAGGUGGCUGAUUCAGCAGAUGUGGCGGGAGACGUUCGUGAGCUGGGGGCAGGCGGAAGAGAGAGGAAGGAUGAAGGCGGAGCCACGAGGUGCAUGGAGCUGCCAAGAGAAGGAGGAGGAGAGCUGGGUGGUGGGGGAAGGGAUCGGCAAGGAGGGAAAGGAGGCCAUGCAGGAGCUGCUCGCCAGGCACAGGAAGUGUUUUGCCUUCACCAUGCAGGAACUGGGUGUUGGUGUAAGGGCCUAA